AUGGCGCGCCUGCUCGCUGCUCUGCGCCUUCUGGUGGGCGGCUUCUUCAUGCUCACUGGGGCGGCCAAACUCUCAGAGCAGAUCUCGGCUCCGGUGUCGGAGCAGAUGAAAGUCCUGUUCGUGCAGUUUGCUGAGGUGUUCCCGUUGAAGGUGUUAGGUUACCAGCCAGAUCCAGUGAGCUACCAAGCGACUGUGGGCUGGCUGGAACUGCUGGCUGGAUUGCUGCUGAUCCUGGGCUCACCGAUCCUUCAAGAAAUCAGUAACAUAUUUUUGACCCUGCUCAUGAUUGGGGCUAUCUUCACUUUGGUGGCUCUGAAUGAGUCACUGAGCACGUGUAUCCCGGCCAUCGUCUGCUUGAGCCUCCUGAUACUGCUGGAUGUCUGUCAGGUCUCAGUCCAGGCCCAGGGGGCCAGACUCACAAGGAAGAAGACUGCACGUACAUUCACGGGAUCCUGGAAGUGGAAGAGCUCUGUCUCUUGA